UCCCCUUACUCGAUAUUGGCCGAAAUCUUCCUCCCGACAUAUACAUUCACACCAUCAGCUGGCGUGACUGGUGAGGGCCUUGUUGGGUGUGGCCUUCAGGAGAGAGCGCGGUCACCCGCCUAUGCCUGUAUGAGUACGAGUUCAUCUUGGGUAAAUCGCCUCGAGUGAGCUUACUCGAAGUAUUGGAUAUGGCGCAACCCCUUGUAAUGAGUACCGCGGGAAAGACUUCCCCCCGGAUACUCGAAGAUCUUCUCCGUUAUGAUCCAAGGUUGGAGGAGCGAGCCGAGCGGAAUAUUUUGGCUUCUUUGCCCCACCGAUUCGAUCCCCAGGCGAGUACUCGGAAACCAGCGAUCCCUCAGGGGAGCUGUUCCCAUAUUCUCAUCCUCAAAGCGGAUGAAAGCGUCCUGCCAAACACAGAUACGGUCGCAUGGGAGGAAGGCACCAGACUGAAGGUCGCGACGAUAUGUUCUCGGUGCAGAUACCAUUUUGACUUGUUUGUCCAGCAUAAACGUCAAGGUGUAGGACAGCCAUGUGGGACUGGGAAAGGGGAGCCGUUGCACCAUUUCGCUUGCCGUGGCAUAUCGCAUGGGGAAUAUAUUGAUCCCACCGACCUCACUGCGGAUCCGAGAACGCCGUCCUCCUCGACUUUCGACUUUAUAUGCCAGUUCGAGCAGUGCCAAAUGGUUCUGAAGGUGUUGUCCCGUCCACCAGCAAUUCUGCCUGAGGAUUAUCGGCUCCUCAUGGACGGAGAUCGGCUAGACGCAAGACAUCGGGCCGUUCUGAAGGAGCAUAGAGAUGUAAAACCACAACCGAUCCCAGCUAUGGUUCUUGCCACCCUUCGGGUGUAUAUUGGCAAUGCUCUAAAUCCGGACUGGUUGCCGAGGACAAUCCCGUUCACCCAUAAGACGUUCUUGGCCUUGUUUGGAACGGAUACUCAGACAUUCCUGCAUCGACUUGGGUUUACCCCCACGGCAGAAGACCAUCCGGAUGGGCUUGGGAGGUGGAUCCCACCGAUUCCUACUGACAGUGAGGAUGUAUGGAGAAGACCGGACAAGCGUACAUACCUGCAGGAUGUCUAUCAGGAACUCGGCAUUGUUCUUUGGGACUGUAAACCUCAUGAAAGGGAAGAGGUUGCGUCAAGAAUGGAGAUUUAUCCGCUUGUCACAAAGGUCAAUGCAGUCUCUAGUAUAGAGAGCAUUCUGAGCUGUGCAGGAUACGAGAAAAAGCCAGGGGCGAGGGCAACACGUUCAACACGAUCCGACGAGGAAGACCAUCCACAUUACGCUUCACUCGGUGCCGUCGCCGACUUCUCUGACAACUUGAUUCUUUUCGCAUGGAAAACGCAGUCAUUCUUUGACAAACUCGACCACGCUUAUUACCUUGAUUGUUUACGGGGAAUUGCCCAAGGUCGUGGAAGUGAAGCCCUUUCCGUGGAGGUGGCACUCGCAGACUCACGAGGGGUAUAUGAUCGCAAGACUAUCGACAACGCUUUUCGUUGUCUCGGUAUCGAUCCUCAGAAAGGCCCCACCCUCACGGGAGAACAAAUCCUCAAUCACUACAACGUUCGCUACCAAGACGUUGGUGAAAGGACCAGGAUGGAUAUGAGGGAGAUGAGAAAGAUCCUUGCCCAUGUCUUUGACCUUCAAUGCCUCUCUGACAGUUCGGAUGAGUUGUUGGAUACCUACGAAGCCUGCCUUCGGUUUUUAGAGGCUGAUGAUUCCUAUAGCGAUGAGUUUAUUCAGGUGGCGUAUCAAACCAAGGUGAAGACCAGAGAUAGCAGUGAGGACCGCAAGGGGGAAGCUGAUCGAGAGGUAACCCGCGCCCGACAUGCUCUCAAAAUCAUAGCAGAGCGGCGACACUCCGAUGCCCUCAUGGCAUUCGUCACGGCCGAGAUCGACGAUGACGAUGUCACCCAAGCCUUCAACUUCUUCAAUAUCAAGGAACGUGACGGGUACAUCGAUCCGGAAAUGAUCGAUAUGUAUGCACUCACCCAUCAGCAAGACAACCCAUUCAACUGGAACGAGAUCGAGCGCCACCGCAAAUCGUUGGUCCGACACAUUGCGCGAAAAUUCCCGAGUGGGCGAAGGUAUUCUUACCUGCAAUCACACUCCCCCGAAAGCGAUCCGAAGGAUCAUCCCGUGGGCUUGAGGAAUAUCGGCAAUACCUGCUACCUGGCAAGCGUCCUGCAGUUUUUGUACUCCAUUCGACCUUUCAGAGAUGUUAUCCUGACAUUCCCUGGAAACGUGGACGAUAAUGUAAAUGUACAAUCAUCCCAGCAGUCCGGCAAUGCGCCGUCGGUCAACUCUCAGCGGCGUGGCACACCCGGUGGGACUUGGGGUAAUCGAUGGGCUCGCCGUUCAAGGCCCUAGUCUCCCGCAAUCGCCGACUCUCAUGCGCCGUCUUACCAUCCCGGCAACACAAGAGGAAAGCGACCAGGACACUCUGAUUGGCGAGUCAGACAAAGCACCUCGUCAUACCGAUGCCAUGGAUGUGGAUCUCCCUGAAGCAAGCCCCAAGUCGAAGGCGGGAGAGAAGGGUGGAGCAACG